ACAUUUAAAUACAUCAAAUUUGCUUCUCCUGGGGGUUCUUAAAACCUACAAUAAAACUGUCUAUAAAAGAUUAAAGCACAAAAUUAGCACACUGUAUUAAACAUGAAUGAAUAAAAUAAAUAAACCCUAAAAUUGUAAAAAAAAAAAAAUGUCUGUACAGAUAAAAUUAUUUUUAAAAAAGUAAAAUAAUUCAUAAAUUAAAUAAAAAUAAUGAAAUUUAAAAAAUGGAAUAAAACUUUAAAAUUAAAAUAUUUUAAACUAAUACAUUAAAUAAUCUAAAAUCAUUAGAAUUUAAUGAAAUUAAACAAAUACUAUGUUAAAAUGUAUAAAAAUAAAUAAUAAAUAAAUCAAUAACAAGAAUAAGUUAAAUUAAUUAAAUGAGAAUAAAAUGAAAUAUAAGAUAAGAAUAAAUAAACCAAAAUAGUUUUUUAAAAUUAUAAUACAUUACACUAAUUAAGUACAAUGGCUAAAAUUAGUAAAAUUUGAAUAAAUACAAUUGAACUAAAUUAAACCAGCGAAUCAUAUUAAAAUUAAUUUCAGUUAUUAACUUAUUAAGAUGAGAAUAAUUUGAAUUGAUCAAAUAAAAUAAAUUAAAACUUGCAAAUUUUUAAAUAAUCAAUUAAUUCAAAGUCCAAUUUAAUGAUUACAACCAAUAAAUUAGAAUUAAUCAAAUUAGAAUAAAUAAAAACAUUUAAUUGACCUUGGACAUCCAACAGUUGCAGCUUACAUUCCUGUCACCAUCUUAACCUUUUUUUUUUUAUUAAAAACACAAUUCUUUAAACUAAUUUUACAACUGGUUCUCCAAGUAGUGAGUUUAUACUCUAUAAUAUAAUAUAAAAGUAUCUUACCCUAUAAAACUGGUCUUGUUCGUUGUGUUUGGUCACGUGAUCCUUGUUGCUAUGACACUCUGGAGCCAUGCACCUGCUCUGUGUGGAUCAAUUAAUAAUUCAAACACCUGCCUCUUUGAACACAGCAGGUUCAACACAGUAAAACAGAAGCGCUCACUGUCUUUCAAACACCAGAGUUAUCCUGUUAGAUAUGUCCUCUUUUCUGGACCACGGGCUGAUCAGGACAGCAGCAGUGGAGCAGGUGGUCGCUCCCAUUGCAAGUCACCUGUGCUACCUGGUGCUGCUGUGCGACAGUGUCGAGGAACCGGAACAGUUCAGCCAGCUGGAGGAGGCGGCUCGGGCUGUGGCUAAAGCGACAGAGAGCAUGGCAGCAGUCAUCUCCAGGUAGAAGAACCAAAAACCUUCAUGCACAAGCGUUAAAAAUCUGUUAUGAAUGUGUGACAGCACUGCAAACAUGACAUGCAUACUCCACUCUGCACUUCCAGGCAUAUAGGCGAGACAGAGGAUGAAGUCCUACACAUGGAGAUGUCGUCCUUGUUGGAGUCUGUCACUGUGUCGGGUCAGCAUGUGCUGCUGGCUGCACAGAAACUCAGCAUCCAGCCCAGUUUAACCGAGCACAGAGAGGAGCUCAUCACUGCCACGCAAAACGUCUUCCUCGGAGUUGUCAAAGUAAUGUCUUAUUUUCUUCUUCUAUGGUUACACAGCUGGCAGCAGGUUUUCACUUAACAUACAGUCCAACUUAAGAUGAUAGACUUGUAAAAAUAAACAGAGAGGUUGAUUUAAAGCACUGACAGGUUCAGAUACAUCCAUCUCCCUCAGCUGCUUCUCCUUUCCUUAAAUGGUAAUAUAACCUAUCACCACUCCAAGCUCAACCUCUGCCUGACUUCAAUUUUACAACAGAAAUAUCUCAGCAAGUCAUCCGAGAUAACCGUCCUAAAUAACUGCUACUAGAUCUCAACGUCUUUAUUUACUGGUUUGCUACUGACUUGUGUCUUAUCUGAGCUGUCAGGGCAGUGAUUCAUGACAGGGGAUGAAAAUAGCUGUUGCUUAUAAACUGAAAAAGGAGCACAGAAGUCGACUUUGUCAAAAUGUAAUAAAUCUCUUCACUGGGAGGCUCUAACAUCACAUGGUGCGGAUCAAAUUCUUCUUCUUUUCUCUUCAGUCAUGGGAAGCUCUCCUGAAAUCUGCACUCCGGGGUAUCGCGAUGCUGAAAUUGUGAUUUGUGUGAUUUUAACAUUAUCUGAAAACAAUAGAUCUGACAGGCUGAGCAGGUCGUAACCUCGGGGCUUACUUUCCAGUUAUUGUUAAGGUUCAGGCAGAGAUUGCAAAAUGAUGAGCUCUCUGUUUUUAUCCAAUCAGGAUGAAGUGCAAGUCACUCAAAGACAAUACCUGUGUGCCCCCCUGUGAGGACCCUUCUCAGAGAAUCAUGUUCUUUCACUAAUCUAGUUUUGAGUUGGACAUUAAGUUUAAUCUGUGGUGUAAACAUACAACACAAAACCUUUCACAAUGUCUGUACCAAAGGCAGUGAAGGUUAUUGCAGAUUAUUGGACUCCUCAGUUUCCACUACUUGUGAUCACCCCAGACCUCAAGGGGCAGCUGAAAAUCAACAUUUUUGAGACAAUGAUGCUGCACUCUUUGACCUCUAUGACCUGAUCCAUCCUCACCUCAGCAAAGAUGCUACACUAACUGCACUAAGUAUUUUCCCCUUAUUUCAAACAACACCAGAUUCACAACCAUUGGCGCUAACAACUCCGCACAAUAGGAGUCAAAUUGUCACCUAGCAUUGCCGAGCUCCUACUCUUUAGUGAUCAUAGCAACUAUUCCACCUCUGGAUCAUCUAGAUAGUCUAUAUCUGUACAGAAAUUGUGUAAAUAUGACUUUGAUAUCACUAUUUUUAUAUUACUCAGAGGUUAAAUUAGUCUGAGGCUGAAUUUAGCUCAGUCUUUGCAAAUACAAGCUUUGCUUUUAUGCACAAAGAGGUAUUUUUAUCCUGUUAUAUGAACUCAUUUUUUAAUUGACUCAACAUAAAACUGUUGAGGUUUUAACUUUUCCAUUUUGCUUACAGCCAGACUCAGCUCCGCCUUUUCACCUGUGUCUAGACUGUUUGAAAGUUAGGUUGAGUCAGCAUUUCCAAAAAUGGCAACUGCAUUCAUUCUGCUUCAUUUUCCAACUCUUGAGACUGCUGCUUAGCCUGAACCAGUCCAAAAACUUUAGUUCCAGUAAUUUCAACCACUGCAAAUAUUAGAAAUGCAAGUGAUUAAACUUUAGGACCUGUCAAAUUAGUUUAAAACUUCAUAUUUUAGCAUGUAUCUAAUGUUUAAAGUCCAGCAGUCGAUUGAUGGACUGAUCAUUUUCAUUCUGGUCUUUAUUGUGUAACCUGAUUUGUGUUUCUGUUUGCAGGUCCUCUUGGUGGAGGACGAUGCUACAGUGAGGAAAGUAGUAUCUGCUGCUGACAGAGUCCUGGAGUCCCUCUCUCAGCUGGGCUCCUCUUCAGACAUCAAGUCUCUGCUCAGGUCUUUCCAGGUGUUCUCAGAGGCUCUGCUUCUCCUCAAUAAUCUCACAGUAGAGAGGGCAAAUUCACUACAAGACCCCAGACAAACCGAACAACUUCUUGAUUCCUUGGAGACCCUGAGGAAGUGCAUCUCCAUGCUGCACACGGCCAUGUGCACAACCAUCAAACACCCCACCAGUGAGCAGGCACAGGAGGCCAAAAGGUACAUCCUGGAGAAGGUGCAGAGCACGGUGAAUGACAUUGUGAUGACGCUGAAGAGUGAGUGCCACAGUGGAUCACUCGGUCCAUGUGGAUACUACACAGGGAGGAGAAACUGUCUACUGCAACUCCUUACUGGAGCCUCCAUCUCAUCAAUCCAAGGCAGCGGGUUUGACAGCCUGGUGAGGGAUCUUGUUUUUCACUGCAUGGUUAUCGCAAACUCUUCUCGUAGAGAGUUUCAGCAGAGAGUGGUGGGUCAUUGCCGUCUCAUCCUGCAGUUUUGGUCGGACAUACAGAAGAUUUUAAAGUCCUCGGAUGAUUCUGAGAAGAGUCUUGAGAAGUUUUGUUCUCUUUUAGCGCAGCAAAUACAAUCGCUGGACAAAUCUCUGCAGACUUCUCUUCUGUAUCAAGUCUUGGACACAUUCCUCAUAUCCUCUUCUACUCUUGAGGAGCUGUUGAGUGAGACGAAACAGAUCAUGGAUGCAGAUUCUUCUUCAAAUGUGGAUCUGAACUUUACUCAGCCCCUGGUUGAGGAUUUCAUAUCUUCAACCGACAGAAUAAUCGAAACUGGAAGUUUUGUCUCAUCCGUGGCUGUUGAUGCGAAGAGUUUGGAGAACGUGGAGAACUCACGAGUUUGUCUUUCGAGACUCAGAGAUCAAAUCGCGCCUCUCUCACUGGAGCUGGCAGAUAACUCGAUUCAGACUGUUCAGAAGCUUCACGGAGUGUGUCAAACAUGGGAAGAGGAGACGAGUCAGCUCCAGGAUGCUCUCAGCGAUGUUCUCGAUGUGAGGGAGUUCACCAGCGCUGCUAUUAAUGAGAUGGUGAAUGAUAGACGUGGAUGUGAUGCCGCCUACAGGGAGCAGAGCUAUAAACCGUUUCACGAACACGCCGUGAAUCUUCUCUGCCACAUGAAGAUGGUGAUUCAAUCGGUGAGGAGGCACCUGGAGAAGAGUGAUGAUCCAAUCUACAGGAAUGGCCUCCUGGUCCUGCUAAAACAGGUCCAGUCAUCUCAAAACAAAGUGGGGGAAUCAGCCAGAGACAUGCUUUUAGGCUCCAGUCUGAACGUAGAGGUGUAUACCUCUUUCUCAGAUCGUGUCUCCACUGCUGUUCAGCAUUUCAAAGUGCUCAGAAAAGGUCUGGAUGGACAACAGCAUCCACAUCUCCUGAGUCCCUUGAGAGAAGGGGCAAGACAGCCUGAGAUCCCACUGCCCCGUUCCCCCGCCAAAAACAACGACGUACUAAAUCUGCCUCACGUGAGAAGAAGCUCUGAUUCUCCUGUUUUGGAUGUUAUAGAAAGGGAUUCCCAAGCCGAACACGAGGAAGAUCUAUCAGACGAGGAAACCAUAGAGGCAGAACUGUCUCGUAAAUAUGACAGAGAUGAGUUAAAGGUCCCAGCUGUCUCUGCAGAUUCAAAGCUGAUCCACAAGGCUCGUGAGUUUGACCUUCUGCCCCUCUUGUAUGAGGUUGUGACUGUGACUAAAGGGAAAGAUGUGACAGCGCUCAACCAGGCCUGCACCGGAGUCCUGGAGCUGUCAAACUGUUACGCUCAGGCUGCAAAGGAAGCCUCGCUCAUUGUCGACGCAGUUGACCGUCAAACUUUGGAGAGUUUCAGAGCCGAGCUGGUGUCACUGACGCCACUUCUUGUCCAGACGGCUCAGGAGACGGCGAUGAGCUCAGCGAUGAGCACAGAGAGUAUCUACAAACACAGCACCAUGUUUUCUGAUCUGAUUAACAACACCAGGAAGGUUUUACUCCCGGUCGCAGGAAACUGGUAUCACGCAGUGUUCAAUGAGCUGCAAGGAAAUCUUCCAACAAACGCAGCCGCUAUUUCACAGCAGCUCAAUGAAGUGAUGGCCUUAUGUGCUGAUGUGGUCCAGCUCUUAACGUCAUCUGAUUUAACCUCUCAAAGUGACAGUCAGGAAACAUUCAGCGUUUUGCACAACAAGCUGAACAAAGCCCAGAACAACACAAGGUACCUGGUAAAGUUUUCCACCUCCAUGGACGGACAGCCGGAUCAACUCGAGGGGCUUUGUCUCCUCUGGGGUCUGUCCAUCCAGAUCCUGCUCAACUCUCUGGAUAAGAUUUUACGAACGACAACCGCAAUGAGCCAGUUUGGCCCCCAGAAGCAGCUUUCGGUGCUGUCCGAGAACUCUUUACGAAUCCAAGAGGCGGCGAGGCUCACCAGCCUGAAUUGCAGAAGUGCGUUUAAAUCCAAACAACUAACCGAAAACCAGGAUGAGUUAAAAACGCUAACUGAAGCUUACCUUAAAGCUGCUGAGGAGCUCGACGUGAUGCCAAAUGUGAUGCAACUUGCAAAAUCAGAAUUAUUACAAAGACACCUGUUGAUCAAAAUUAGAGUGCUUUCUGGUCAUUUAAGCAAAGCGAACAAGGAUUACGACUCUGUGCUUCAAAGUGUCGCUAGCAUCGCUUAUUUUGCCGUUGAACACUUCAGGGAGAACAACACAGAGGACACAGAGCAGAAGUUUGAAAAAGCAGCUCAAACUCUUUUUGAUAACAUCAAACUUGCCACCAAAAGAGUCGAGGACUGCUUGAACUACGUCCGCGACCCACAUGCCCGCUCCAAUCUGAGGUCCAUCAAUGACCACCUGUCUUUCCAGAUCUCAGACAUCAUCAGCAGGGCCAGGCUCAUGGUAGAGACUCACUACAUAUGUGACACACUCAGUCUGGAUGUACAGAUACAAUGCUGGUCCGCUAAAGCUCAUUACGUAGCAGAAGAGAUCAGGAAGCACGAUGGGAUUCACCAAGAGGCUAAAGACCAGAUCAGGGCUGGUUUACAGGGCAGAGCGCCGGAGGAAAUCAAAGACGGGGCGGCUAAAGUCAGAGAGGUGGAAUUUCCCUCAGAUGUGAUGAUGAGUUUCUCUCAGAAAGACAUCACACGAAGUGUAGAUGCUGCAGAGCUGAGUGUAAACAUGGUGGUUGGGGUCAGAAGUGCUCCUGAAAAAGAUGAAGACAAGUGGAUGGUAUGUAAAUCUCUUAAAGCUCAAUUAUAUUUGCUUUAAAUUAUUUGCAAACUUCAUAUCUUGCACAGCGUACCAACUAUUCUAGAAUUAGGCUUAUUUGAGCAGCAAGCAUAGGGAUUAACAUUUCUUCUUUAUCUUGCAGGAUUGUACGUACAAAGAAGCUCCUUCACUCUCCUACACUUCCCUUUUUCUGAAGCAAGAAAGCGAUAACUGGGAUCCCAAGGACAACCGAAUAGUCCAGGUGACCCGAGAGAUGGCUGACACCAUCUGCUACAUGACUCAGUACCUGAAGAAUAAAGGUCCAAUACCGGUAAGGUCCACUAGAGGGCACUUAAUGACUGUGUAUAGAUAUUUUCAGGCAGUUAAAUCCACAAUUGUACCUUUUAUUUUGCAGAAUAAAGAGGCUUUUGUCACCGCAGCCAAAGAUGUGAUCUCAAACUGUCAGUCUGUAACUCAGUUCAUCAGAGUCAUUGCCAACCACUGCCUGGAUAAACAGUGUACAGUUGAACUCUCUCUCAUAGUCGAGCAGAUUCUUACCAUCACCAACCAGCUCAACAUCAUCUCCAGGUCAGAGGAGUUUAUUCAGAAUAUUUUUGCAGGAAUUUAUCGAUUAUAAAAGUCAGUUAAUGAAAGUUUAUUUCCUUCUUUACUCAGUGUCAAUGCUGUAACGCCAGGAUGCAAAUCUUCAGAUGAGAUCCUGGUGAAGAACUCACAAAAUCUACUCCAGACAGUCCUCCGUGGGGUCCAUGCUGCAGAGACAGCCUGUAUUACAGUAAAUUUUACAUCUUUAAUCAAUUUGAUUUUCUAAUUUAUUUGGAAAUUGUUUGAUUUUUUUAAGUAUGCAAAUACAGUUAAGUAGACAUAAAUACAGGCUCUGUUUUUUUUGUUUUUUUUUGUCAUUUGUCAUAUAAUCCUAUCAAAUUCCAUUCCUUUUUACAUUUGGCAUUGAGUGAUAAUAAAUCAGCUUCAUUAUAUAGACAAACCUUUAAAACACACUUUUCCUCAUGUAUAAAUUUACAUCAGUUAACUUAGUCAUGGAGGAUAAACCUGUUUAAAUAUGUCACAUUAAUAAAUACAUUUGUUUGUCAAAAUAAAAGUAUUAGUUUACUUUGUAUUACUUUGCCUGACAAAGUAUAAAUAUUAGAUUAAAAUGGUUAAAUUGUCAUAUAUUCACAUUUGUCAUCUAACAAAAUAUAAAGUUGUCCAUAUUUUUAAAAACAUUGUUAUUCACAGAUAAAUUGAGGUCAAAUGUAGAAAUAUUUUCAUUGAUUUUUUACUUUUUUUUAACUUUUACUUUUUUAAAAACUUUUAUUUACUAUUACUUAAUUUUGUUUAUUUAUUUUUUAAAAUUUGUUUUCUAUUUUCAAUUAUUUCGGCUUGUAAAAACAAAAAUAAAGCAAAAUCCCUAUCUCCUGGCUCAUGUUUUCCCUUCUUCUCGUUCCACACCAACAGUAAAAAUGACAAAAAUGCUCAUAAUAAUGGCAGCAAUGAUAAACAGAGUAAAUAUUUAAGUUUAAUAUUCAAGAGAAACACCUGCUGAACCCUAAGAGUGUUAAAGACGUUCUGAUUUAAUGUCCUAGUAGAAGUAAAGGAUGAAAACACAUCUACAGACUUGAGCUGUUCCAUAAUGUCAACAUCUUAAUAUUUCUGAGGUUAUACCAUAAGGUGAUCUUUGUGUAUUUUACACAUCUGAUGAUUGGUUUUGGGGAACUAUCUGCUUCUGUUUUGUGAUUCCAGGGUCUGAAGCAGCCCGAGCCAAACUCUGAUGGCGCCGAGGCUACAGCUUUGUGUUUCCAGUGGAGAAGGAAGCUGGAGAUCCAUCGAGCUCAGCAAACCUCCAACCCAGACACCGAUGACCUCGGUUUGAGGAAGACCUCAUCUCAUCCUGUUGCACCCAGUCUUGCUCCACCAGUUAGUUUGACCACAACGCCUUUAAAACACAAGUAACAAGGGCAGCAGAUCAGUUAUAACUGUAUAUUUUAGAGUGUAAUUAUUCACAGGGCCACAUGGAGGAGCCAGUGAGCAUCUCUGUGGACUGAUGUGUUUCCUCUGUGUUAAAUUAAUGCAAAAUAAAAUGAUACUCGACAAGUAAUUCUGAAACAAAAAACCUUAUAUUUUCUUUAUUUUUUCAGAUACUCAUAAUAAAAUCACUGAAAUGUGACGGGGCAAAUAUGUUGUUAAAAUGCCACACAGUUUUGUAACAACCAUGAUCACUAAACAGACAAAAAAAACCUCCAUUAGUCUUUAAAACACUCAAAAACAGACUGUACAGGUGAUACAAAACAGGCGUUUCAAAUUUAAUUUGUGAAAAAAAAAAAAGGAACAGGCAGAUAGCUUGGUUACGGCGAGACAAGGAUAAACACAGCUGUCAAAUAAUACAAGUUUGAUGCCGCUUUAACAAUAUUCAACCUUUGUAACACAUGUAACCACAAUUUACAAUUAAUUCAACAUAGAAAAUAGUCAUAAAGAUCAUAUAUGUAGCAUAUGUAACUGAGAUAAUACGGUAUACUUUUCUUUUUCUUUCUUGAUAUGCCUAAUGUACUAAAAAGACAUUUUUUUACUGGCUAUGUACAAGCAUGUCAGCGUGGAUGGCAACAUCAAAAAUCAAAGUAGAAUCAACAGUUUUAAUCUACUCCAAUAAUAUCCUCUAUAUGCCAAAUGAACAAAUCUGAGAAGCCAAUAUCUUAAAGGCAUUUAAACCACUUCAAGAAGGAACAGAAAAUGAACCAAAAAAAUAAAAAAAUAUGUGACUUUCAGGUGCAGUGUAUAGAAAAACUGCACGGUUAGGCUUCUAUUACAAAACUUAAACCCAAAUCAGGGUGUGUGAUAAAAACAAAACAAAAAAAAACAUUGUUUAGAAACUCAAAAAUCCAGCGUUAACAUAAAAAUCUCAAAAUAUAAAAGUGUCUUUGAAUAAAUAAGCGAAUACAAAAAUCCUCAAAGUCAACCCUCCUCCCCUCUCUCUCUCUCUCUCUCUCUCUUUCAGUGGAUGGCUGGUUUAUUUUACAGCGUGUAAUGCCUUUAAGUGAAGCAGGCGCUCAGUAAACACUGUAUUCAGUUCUUAGUGAAAACUUUACAUGAUUGUUCAAAACAUACAUGAAAAAAACCACAAUGAUAAAAAGACAUACACACUUUCAAAACACACGUGAUUGUUGACUAUACACUGUGUCUAUAGCAUCAUCUCUAUACUGGUGAGUGUGUAGUGCACCGAUAUGUGAUUUUAUACAGGGUCAGUAUUUACAGAAAUAAAUAAGUCAAUCAAAUCAAGCUCCAGGUGUUCACUGACAGAAAGGAGAAGCUGUGGGGUCAAAGGUCUUGAACACGUCUUUCAGAGUCCUGUCAUCCGCCUCCUCCUCUGGAUCUCCCUGUUUUGGAUCUUCCUCCAUCGCCUCCCCCUUGUCCUCCUUCUCCUUCUUCUCCUCCUCCUGCUCCUUCUUCUCCUCCGCCUCCUCCUGGGCUCCCGCAGAGCCCUGACCUCCCUGUUUGGCCUGCCUGGGGUCGGUGUACUGGGGUCGUAUCAGUCCAGCCAACGCUUGGAUGGGGAGGUUAUGAACAGCGGGGGGUUUCACCGGUGAGGCCGGGAGCAGAGAAGGAGAAGUGGAGGGGCGAGGCUGAUCUGAGGGAGGGUCUGUGCUUUUGGCGUCUUCUAAAGAGUCACUUUUUUGGAGUGGCGAGAGAGACUGUGGUGGGUUGUUGUCCUUCUUCUCUGGGUGUUUGAGGAUCCCGGUCUUCUUCGGGGGGUCUGCCUGCUCCUUCUGAGCCUGCUCGCUCUGGUUACGAGGGUCAUACAGGCUGAUACCCCCGAGGAUGGUAGUAGGACUCUCCAGCCCCCCACCUGAGGAUGCCAGACGAGGGGCGUAUGGCGGCAGCUUCUCAGGCUCCGGCUUGACUCGUGCAGCAUGAGGCGAGGAGCCAGCACUCGCUUUCUGCAGUCUGGGGUCCACAACGCCUCCCCCUGUGCUUGGGUCUUUCUGACCUAUUAGCUUUGAGUCCAGACUCCCCGUACGUUUGAGUCUGGGGUCCAUGUUCUUUUGUUGACGUGGAUCUGCAGGUCUGUCCGAGGAUGCUCUGGACUCUAGAGAUCCAGAGGACAGUCGGCUCAUGCGCUCCUUCAAACGUGCAGCUGCCAGUCUGGGGUCAGUGGGUGGGGGGCUGGAGACAGGGGGGUGGUCAGGGAGGCUUGAUCGGUUCAUCUGAGCGUCUGCGAUCAGAGGAGGGAGAGGGAGAUUGAUGGAGUGCUCCUGUUUGGGGACCAAAGAAGGGAUGAGGUCCUCAGGAGCCCAGACUACGGUCUGAGCAAAGGCGGGCCGCUGCAGGAUGAUGUCCACACGGAUGUGACUGAACUGCUUCAGCUGACACCGAGGGUCCCGCAGCACCACACCAGGACCGGCAUCAAGAGGGAUGAGGACAGCUUUGUCCCUCAGCUCCCUCUCUCCCUCCUCAUCCUCGUCUCCUGCGGGGGGCUUCUGAGGAACAGGCUGGCGGUAUGAACUCGGCUCCAUCGGUCUCAUCUUCCUGGGGUCUCUGGACAGCCGAGGGUCUGCAGCUCCAUCAGACUCCUUUUUCAUAUCUAGAGGCCGCUGGCGAGGGUCUGACUUCACUCGGGGGUCGCUGGGAGGGCCUCUCUCCUUCACAAGCCGAGGGUCGCCUAAUCCUGGAGGCAGCUGAGGAGCCUGGGGGGGCUUGGACUGAGACUGGUGCAUCUCGCUCUGCUUCUUUAGGGAUUUCAGGAUGGAGGACACACAGUUUCCAUCUUCAUCAUCGCUCGAGUACCAGUUUGUGGUUUCAUCUGCAAAAGAGAUUUAAAUACGGUCAUUUAAAGUUCUGCUCAGACCCCGUCCUGAUAGCUGUGAGGGUUAAAUCUAGUAAAAAUGGCUCCAAACUCCUGAAACCUGAUCCUGCUUCGUCCUUCUGAGCACUCACCCCUGUUUGCAUUACUGUCAUCCUGUCCCUCUGCUCUCAGUGUCUCAGUCCCCUGUGGGUUUGACUCUUGCUGCUGCUGCUGCUGCUGCUGCUGCUGUGUCAGGUGUAGAAAGAUGGCUUUCUGCACUGCUGGUGGUAAAGACUGCAGCUGGGACUCUGCACCGAUCUGCUGCUGGAGGUUCUGGAUGAAGGCUGCAGUCGGGUCUACUCCAUCGAAACACAAAACAGAAAGACUUCACUUGUAUAUUUUCAAAAGCUGAUUUUAAGAGAUGAACAUGAUUAUAACUGUGGCACUGACCCCCUUGUUGACCCAUGGCCUGGUUUUGGAGAAAGCUGCUGAAGACCUCCAUUGAGUUCUGGCCCAAUGAUGGAAAAGAGAAGAGACUUUGUAGCAUCUGAAGAUCUGGAGGAGGGAACGGAGGUCUCUGCAUGUUAGGCAUGAACGGAGGGGGAGGCUGCAUUGGAAACCCAUGAGGUGGGUGCUGUCCUGGAGGGCUCUGAGGCAUAGGGGGGCCUGUUGGGUGACCCAUAGGACCAGGUGACCCUGGUGGAGGAAUAGAAGCAGCAAAAGGGCCUGAAGGCAUGUUCCCUCCGCUCUGUGUUUCCUCUGAGCCUCCACCAAACUCCUCGGUGCCUUCACCCUGAUUCUGGAAGUUGGAUCCACUGAAAAGAAAUGAGCCUCAUUAGAUAAAGUCCAAACGUUCCUCACAGAGGGAUUCCAGCUGAUUAUUUUGGUUACCUCAGAGCGAUCUUUUGUGCCAAGUCUACAGUAGGUUGAACCUUGAUCUCAAACAGGGAGGGGAUCUUCUUUCCUGCUUGGCCAGAAGCUCCAUCAGUUGGACUGCUCUGACCAGGAGUCGGCAGCAAACCCACCCCAGGAGGAGGCUUUGGAAGUGGGGCGAUGCCCUGCUUCCUCAGAUCCUCCAGCUCUAACUCGUCCUCACGGGCGUUCUCCUCUUCAGUGUUGAUUAUCUGUAAAGAAGACAUUUUGGACCUUUUAUCAGAAUUUCAUCAAACAAAGAUCCUCAUCAUCAUCUUUUCUUUUUGUUUUUACCUUCUCAAGCAACUCUUUGGUCACGUCGUUCAGAGCUUCAUGGGAGAAUUUGCAGUUGUCUCCUUGGUAACAUUUGGCCCCAGUGUGAAAGAACUUGCACGGGUAUUCAUGUGCAAACACAGGUUAAGGAAAGCGAAUAAUAAACGAAUAAGGCAAAUUUGUGGCUAAAAAUGUGAUUAAGGGAAGGACAAACACUCAUGCUUAAAAAAAUGAAAAUACUAUUCUGGAAAAUAAUAAUUAAAUUCCGGGGUAAAUACGUCCCAAAUUGACCAACUUCAAAAUGUUCUUUAUAUAUGAAGGCCAUUCUAUCAAAUCAGUGUUUAAAAAUACAUUUGAAAAAUUAGUUCUACCUGUGUUUGACUACAACUACUCCUGAUAUUUCUGCACGCUCACCUAAAUGGGUUAACCUCCCACCUGGCCUUAAUAAUUGGAGUUCUGCAGGUUUGUGCACACGCAAGUUUAUUUUCCCCUCCCUUACUUCACUCAUUUAUAUCAACUCCUGUCCUGACUGUUAUGUGUUCUGUUGAUUUUAUAGUGGUGCUGGCUUUUUCACACAUUGUGAAACACAAAGAUGAGAGAAAAAUAAAAAAAAUAAAAUGUGAUUAAAAACUUUUCUUUCCACGUUCAAAAAGGAUAUUAUGCAUGUAAAUACAGUUAUCUCCUUUACUGCAGUAUCCCUGGAGAUAAAAUUUACACAGCUCCUUCUUCUUAUCUGGCACAACGAGCUCAUGUUCAAACUUGCACUGCUCCCCCUGUAGGAAGAAAAACCCAAACAUUUAUCAUCCUGUCAUCUUUGAAUGUCCAGCAUCAGCGUCCGCUCACAUUUUAACACAUUCAAAAUAAUAUUAGUGUCACUUCACCUUGAUGCAUCGGCCCUCAAGGAAAUACUUGCAGAUGUAUCUGCCGUUGUGUUCGACUGUGUGCUGAUUGAUAAACUCUUUGCUCAUGAUCGGCCGUUUCUUCUGAAAACCGGAGGAAUUUUUUCCUUCCUGUGACACAAAAUAAAAACAGAACUUGUUUUUAUGUUUUUAGUCUUUUAACCUCAGAUGAUACAAACAGUUGAGUCAUGCACAAAUAAGAGAGAGAACUUAAAAACUAACAAGAGAAACUUAACAGUAAAAACAAAGUGUGGUUAUAUCACUAUUACUAUCAGUAGUGGCCAAAUAAGUUUGAGAAUAUUGGUUUAUCAGAUCUCCUCAAAAAUCCAACACUGAGGUAGUCUUACAGGUGGUAUGUCAUCCAUGCCCAUGUCUCCUCCCCGACCUCGUCCCCGUCCUCCCCAGGGUUUCCCUUUCAGCUUCUUGUUCUUGUUGAGCAUCCCCCGUCCUCUCCCCGGUCCGCUCCCUCUUCCUCUUCCCCUCUGCCCGACUGAAAA